AUGUCAGAAGCCCAUAACGUCCUAACAGAUGUUACAGCAUUUUUGUUGAGCCAGCUGGAUCCUUUGCUUCCCGUUAAUUCCCAUGUCAAAACUUUUGAAGAAGUUGAAAGGGACCCAUACUUCACCAAUAUAAGGUUAUCGCUAUUCAAUUUGGUGGUAUCCCAUGGGUAUAGUGCGAUCAGUCCAGCCAUUGUAGCCAAAUUAGAGCAGAUAGCCAAUUUAUCGAAAGACAAGAAUCAAGAUUUUGAUAUCUUGUUGACAUUGGUUGUUUUAUUAAGAAUGUUCACAGAUACAAGUGAAAUUUACUGGAGGAACUUGGACCCGGAAUAUAAAUUAAACUAUAGUCUGAGUGACGACUCAGCUUUUUCUAGAUUUUACAAUGGGUACUCAGUGCAGAUGGCCAGUUUGCAUACCAUUCGUCCAAAGCCUUUGUCGCCGCAGAUUGCCAAUAGCUUUUUGCAAUUGUUGUCAAGGAUAAAAUCUAAUAAACGUGUAAUAAAGAUGUUGAACAGCAUGUUGAAGUCGCUGCACGGAGGUAGCUCGUCCUCUCUGUAUCCUUCACAGGGGAAGGAUAAUUCUAAUAGCGAUGCAAAGAAGUCGAAAUAUUAUACUUACUUGGUAGAUGUCUUGGAUCAACACUGUGCGUACCUUUUCAAAUACAUUGCCGCAUCUAACCCUCACGAAUUCCAUAGUUUCAUCAGAUCGGUAAUAAUAACACCACUAUUAGUGGCGCAUACCCAUACCGAAAGUGAAAUAGCGCCGUAUUUGUGCUAUUUCUCAUUCCAUUACAUUACCAGCGAGACUCUUCCCUCAUUUUUAGACGUACUACAAAGAAUGGUGGUAAGAAUGAAGAAAUCAAUACAUCAGGAAAUUUUAUUGUACUUCGCUUCGGAAUCGAUUCAAUCAUGGAUAAUGGCCAGACCUCAUGAUUAUCUUCGAGUAAUCGAGGGCCUUCAAAAAAAUUCCUCAGAUCCAGCUUUACAGAACAUUCAAAAGAUUUCUACUUCCUUGUUUGAAGAUGUCUUCUCCAGUUUCAAUAUUGAGAGAAUUUUAACCGAAGGGGCAAUCUCAUCAGCUACGUCUCCAACAGUUAUUUCUCCUCAAGAAUUGUCUUCUCAUUUAGAUCCUUUUGAAGAGUAUGCCAUAUACGAUGAAGAGUCGAGUUCGGGCCACUCAAGGACAGCAUCUACGUCUUCAGGACGCUCCGGAUAUAACGCCCCAUAUUAUGGUCCACAGUUUGAACUCAACGAUGAUACUGAGGAUAUGACUAGAGUAUCGGUAUUAACUUUCGCAACUCUUAUGUUGAUGUUAAGUCCUGAUAUAUUCGAAGAGAUCAAUAACACAUCAUUGAAAAACAUACCAGAUGAUGCGUUAGGAACUGACGAAGAUACUGAUGCCUUUGAUGAUAAAUCAUCUAGUGAUUCUCCAUUCCUUUCGCGUUCAUCAUCAUCGACUUUGAAAAGCUCAAGGAGUUCUAAAUUCGGAUUGAAGAAAAUAAGAAAUCAAUUGACUUCACUGAAUCAUGUUACGAAUAAAAAGACCAAGUUCCUUUUAACAAUAUUAAAAAACAUUAAUGGAAAUAACAUCAUCUCAGAAUAUUCCAUUCUCGACACUUUGAGAGUUUUGAUUCUCAUUUCAAAGCUUUCUACAUCGCCCCUACUUCGUGAAGCCGAUUCGUCUGUUUCCUAUUUCACUAGAAGACUAUUUUUCUUGAUGUGCGACUUGCUACAAUUGGGCUCAGAGAAGGAUGCUAAGCGAAAUCCAAUGGUGGCGCAUUGUCUCGCAAAAUUUCCGCAGUCACAUUUCAAGCUUCAAGUUGAUUAUUUUUAUGUUGCUUGCUCAUUGGAUGCGGAUGCUUUCUUGGAGAAAUUGUCGGACUUUAUCAAAAGAAAGCACUCAGGUAUCUCUCAUAUUAGAAUGAUAACGGAUGGAUUUUGUAUUUAUUUUAACAAUGCUACCAUGCACAACACCAAAGACAGAAUUAUGACAAGGAUUGAUGAUUUUUUGAAAGAUACCGCAUGCGAGAUGGCGAACAUUCUUUUGAGUGAAUCAAAUUUGUUCGAUGAACAUGCGUCUGAAGUGGUAGAUAGCAUCUUUGAGCUGAAACCAGGAGAUUAUUCCAAAGGCUAUCAAAAAAUUCAAUUCAACGCAUCUCCGCUUCCAUCAUCUUCUCCAGCGUUUAUGAAUUUUUUCUCACGAACAGGUGAUAGUACACCAACCUCGAAAUCGACAUCUACUACUUCUUCAUCGUCAUUAUCUCCAGUUGAGGGUGUAUCUGCAGCUAUUGCUGGCAAGAAUUUAAGAGAUAUAGUAGCACCAACUGCAAGACGACCAUCAAAAUCUUCAUUUGCCUCUUUGCGGGAAACAUCAUCUCCAAAUGAAGGUGAAAAGUCCACCAAUACAAUUCGUACAAUAAUAGACAAAAAUAUCAAAUCUCCACUCAGGGUUGGCUCCAUGCUGAGAAAAACAUCUCAAGAGUCCAUCAGUAGUGCUACCGUGAAAAACAUUAGAGAUACUCUAGAGAGACAUGAACAGGAAACAACACAGUCUGCAAGAAUUAUUUUAAUCAACAUUUUUUCUAUUUACAAAGGAAUGACUAGAUAUUAUUACAUGACCUACGACGAGGACAGCGAUACAACUGUUUAUUUGAGGGAUUUCAAUAGGACCAUAAAACCGGUCUUUGCGAGUCUUGUUGAUGACAAUGAGUCUUUGUUUGAUACUGCUCGGGGAAUUAUCAGCUCUGUCAUAACUCAACUAAAAGAGCCACAAGUUGAUAUCACUGCCUUUCGCUCUGUCUGUUACGUUGGCUCUGCAUACCUUCUAUCUCUUAUGGGCACAACAUUAUUUGAUUUGAAUCUUUCAGACCUAAAACGGGAACAGUUAUUGAAACCCCUUGUGGACUUAUGGACAGCGCGUAUUGGCAUUGCCAAGACAUAUGAAAUGAAUGAUAGCUUAAGUGACCUUUUAGAAGAAGAGGCGUUAACUUUUCAUCUAAUACGCGGUUCCGUCGGAAGAGCGUUAUUCUGCUCCCUUUAUUCCAACAAUACAGCAAUUCAUAAGUUAUUAAAAACUGCUUUCAAGUUGUUCACCGAAGAAAUAAGAAUCCAUCAACUUUUGCACGAAGAUGAUGUUGAUGAUAUUGAUGAUGACCAUGAACUUGAUUUUGCAAAUGUGGAAUUUUUCCAGGUCAUGUGUCGUGAUAAUUACGUCUCAACAGGUGUGGUUGCCUUUCAACGUAGGUUGCGAACUGACAUUUUAAAAUACAUCAAGUUCCCAGAUAAAAUUGUUUUUGAUGUCUCGCAUCUCAUAUAUAAAAGAUGGUACGAUGCAUCGCUCAAACCAUCUUUGAGCACUUCAGAAACUAGUCACUUCAGAAACUACGCUGGAUUUCUAGCUGCAUCAUGCGGAAUAUUCUCCACCAUAAACGACUCAACACAACACCACUUCCCUUUACUGCAUGAAAUGAAGAAAAGUGUUGAGGCUAAGGUAUCAUAUUUUGUUGGAAAACAGUGUUCAUGGCUAAAUAAUGAAGAUUUGUUGACAAGAGAGAAUUCAAAAGACAUUUUAGCAACAGAGUUACAUCCAUUGGCCUUUGACGCGUUAUUUGCAGCUCUACGACAGAGAAUAGAUGAACUAAAGGAUAUCAAUAUUGUUGAGAAGGAUAACGAGUUAUCCUUCAUUCUUUUGGAGCAGGUUAUAAUGGUUGUUCGAAUGAUUCUUGAGAGAGAUGACACAUCAGAAGUACUCAUCAUAGUUUCUCUUCCUUUGCUAAAUUUGAUCGAUGAUAUUUUAAGGAUAGUCGACACUAUCGAUAAAUCCUCUCCGAAGUAUUUCAAAUGUGUUAUCCAUCUGUCUAAGAUGUUAAAAUCAUUCCAACACUCAGAGUCUAGCAUAUGCAUUGCUGGUUACAUGGUGGUGAAGAACAGGUGGUUGAGGCUUGUCACCCAAUGGUUUCAAAGUGCAAUUUUUAAGGAGUUCGAUCUACUGAAUUUAAGUAAAUCUCACCGUGAUAUGGACCUGGAAAAGCGGGAUAUGGACUAUCUAUAUAUUGAUACCACUAUUGAGUCUUCAAAGGCAAUUGCAUAUUUAACGAAGGAUUUAGUUUUGGAAGCUCCGCAAUCGAUGUCCGAAAUUGAAUUGCAAAGAUCAAAGUCAGUGGUUUUUGGCAAUUAUUUCAAUAUUUUAUUAAAGGCUUUGGAGAAGAGCACAAACGUUGAAAACUUCCCCUCUACUUUAAGACAUAAGAUUGCCUCACUCAAUGAAAAUAUCAUCAUUUCUUUAACCAAUCUUCUUAUCGCCAACGUUGAUGUCGGAUUAAACCAUGCUACUCCGAUAGGAUAUUCAAACAAUAGAAAUAUUAGGCUAGCGUUCAUGAAUGUUUUCGUUAAUAUUGUCUCGAGCUUUGACAUAUCUAAUAAUAGAACAAAACGAAAGCGUGAUGAGAUAGUUGAGGAAGUUGUCUUGAUGACUUUGAAGAGACCUACUUUACUCUCGAAAGCCUGUCGUAUAUGUCCUGCUAGUGACAUCGAUGCAUUGGCUAGUUCCAUUGUCUACUUUUUCGAUGUCAAAAAUGCUGCGCAUAUUAUUGUGACAGAACUUGUUCGAGAAGAGAUUGGAAAUGCAACCCGUCACAUGGAAAUUUUGAGGAGAAACAGCUGCGCUACUCGUGCAUUGUCGAUGUUAGCAAGAUUAAAGGGAAUGGAUUAUUUGAGUAACAUACUCAAACCAAUUUUAGAGGAGUUGAUCAAUUCGAAAGAGUGUUUUGAUGUUGAAAAACUUGAUCCAAAUGACGUUGACGCGCCAAGAAACUUGAUGCUAUUCAAAAAAUAUAUGACAAAAGUUGUCGAUGCAAUUACCGGGUCAGUUGACUCAUUCCCGCCACAAUUUUUUGUAAUUUGUCAAGCAAUUCAUUCUAGUGCUUCAGAACGCUUUCCCGAGUACGCUGAUAUUGCUGUCGGGUCAUUUUUGUUCCUUCGCUUUUUCUGUCCUGCACUAGUAAGUCCGGAUUCAGAAGAAAUCGUCGAUAGUUUGACCCCUAAGGCCAGAAAAUCCUCGAUGUCACUAGCGAAAGUAAUUCAGAAUAUCGCAAACGGGUCUGUUAACUCUAUCAAGUGGAAAAUUUUAGAGUCUGAAUCUGAAUUCUUGAAGAAUUGCAGCAAUAAGAUUUUUGAGUUCUUGUCUGUGGUAUCGGACAAGAAUAGGAAGGUAAAAAUUAAUCUCCGCAUGCAAAACAGGGUCCUUCCUAACGAGUUCAGUUUCCUUCAUAAGUUCUUAUAUUAUCAUGGUUUGGAAAUGCGAAACGCUUUGAUAGAGGAUAUAAAAUCGUUUGAUGAUUUAGCUACCGUGAGAGAAACGGCAGAAGCUGUGGAUGAGCUUCUUUCUUUGAUGGGACAACCAAGGAUGGAGUUCAAAAACGAAAUUCCUGCCUAUAUCAGGGAGCAUUCUGAAACUAGCUCAGAACUUUAUGAAUUUAUGAUUAAACAAGCCGUCAAAUGUCCAGAAACUCCAGAGAAUGAAUGCAAGUUUGUACAGGAGUCGGUCACUUCAGAAGGUCUACCUGUCGUUAUUUUCAAUUGGUGUGAAUAUCAGAAAGACGGUAAUGACGAUGUCGAAACUCUAAUUUACCUAAUUUUUCAAAUAUACUCGAAGGUAAUGACCAAAAAACAUUUCUUUGUGACAGAUUGCACUGGAUUCGAUGGUGUACGGCAACCCAAGAAUAGGUUUGUGAAAUUAUCGUCAUUAUUUUUCAAUUUGAUACCUGCUGAAGGUUUAGCAAAUUGUGAAACCUUUUAUUUCUUCAAUCCAACGCCAAUUUACUUGGAAUGGUGGACAGAAUUUCAAAAUUCUCACGCAAACAUUUUCCAGAAUAUGAACGUAUCUAUGUCUUUCCUCAACACAGACUCAGAUCCCAAGCUAAUAAAGGCAUUGGGCCUAUCGGAUUAUUCAAAAGAAGUUUAUCAUGAUGUUAGAGUAACUUUGCAUGAUGUUUCCCUAUAUGACGAGGCGAAAAGGCAGUUCAGCCCGGUCACUUUGAAAGUGGGUAACAAAUACUUUCAGAUUGUACACGAUAGUGCUUGGACAUUGAAAGCAUCAGAUGCUUCAGAUACAAUAGUAAUCAACCCUAAUGAUGUUUAUGAAAUCGCUGAAGUGGCCUCCACAUCAGUAUCAAGAAUAACAGGAGUUUCUUCGGAGUUUUGCUUUGAAUUGAGAAAUCGUAAAAGGUUGAUUAUGUCCAGUCCCAAGUACUUGGAAAUCUUGAAAAUGUUCUAUUAUUCACAGGCUAAAAUACUUGAAGAGUUCAAUGAUAAUGAAUACUCCGAUAUAUCCAGUAGGCACUCAAAGGAAGCGAUAAAAACAGCAGAUAUAGUUAGUCAUUUGCUGUUAGUGGCGCUAGUUGGAUUAGGUGGUGACGAUGAAAUUAGGGUAGUCUCCUACAAUUUACUCUCUUCCAUGCAUACCACAUUUUCACUAAAUAUGGGACAUCUCUUGCCAAAAACCCCUGAUAUAUACAUCUCUGAGGAUCCUAACCCGAUUUUUGAGCCUCUAAUCAAAACUUUGGCUGAGACUUCGCCCGAGCUCACUAGCUACUACUUGAAAUAUAGCAUCGAUUUAUUGGAAAACGGUGAGCAUGAUCUUCAUUUCAUUGCUAACCUUUUGAGAACUAUGAGAUACUGGGCAAAAAAUUUGAGCAAGCACGUAUUCUUGGCAGAUGAUCAGAAAGGUCCUGAAAUUGCUACAAAAUUGGUUCGCCGUUUGGUGAAACUCACUGUGCAACAAAAUCAACCAACAUCAUUAUAUUUGGACUAUAUCUGGCCUGUUUUGGUGCAUGAUAGUUGCCUAUUGAAGGAAGUAAUUGAAGAGGUUGUAGGUCAUUGUAUGGACAGAGCUGCAGAAGGAGUCGAUUGGCAUCCAGCAUGUAAAAUUUUAUUACGGGCACCUACGAUCGAUAUCACUGGCGUCAUUAUCAAGAGAGUUAUAGAUAUUACUCACUCUUUUCUUCCCAACUUGAAGGAAGAAACUAAUGUCAACAGUUGGACUGAACUCAUUAUCUUAGUUCACUUGUGUUCAUCAUUAUUCUGUGAUUCUCCAUUGCUAGUCGAUAUUUAUAUGCCCGAGGUUUUAUAUAUCGUAUCAUUGUUGAUCGAUGUUGGGUCUACUGAGAUGAGAUUAUCUCUACAUAAACUUUUGAUGAAUGCUUGUCAGUCCCUAUUGAGCAAUGCCAGUCUACCAAAAUAUAACCGCAGAAAUCUUUAUGAGAUUCAAAAGAUCUUUUCUGAUCAAAAAAUGAAGAUCAUGUUUGGCUUCAGCCAAGAGAGGGGUAGAGUUUUACAAAAUUUUAGUGCUUCAUCAUUUUUGACUAAAUUUACGACUUUGGAACAUUUUGUCAACAAUUUGAUGUCAUUAAUGGAUAAUGGUUCUCUGAUUAAUGUGGAGCAAUGGAAGACGAGAUAUAUGCAGUAUAUUAUGGGGACUGUCUUCCACGUUCAAUCAUUCUUAUCUGCUCGAGCUAUGAUGAUUUUAGGUAUUGUUUCGAAGGAAGGAAUAUCGGAUGGCUUGCUGCUCAACUUGUUAAGACAGAGUAUGGUGAUUGUUGCCAUGCCUGAUGUCAAUGACGAACAGAUCUUUUUCGUGAUCUCCACAUUCUUUACUUACACAAAAGCAGUUAUCGGUGUCGAUCCGCAGUCUCCAUUGUUGCCUAAAUUAUUCUGGCUUGCCAGCAGCAUUUCCUUCUCUAUAAAUAUGAUGAUUUAUCAAAGUGGUUUGUUAUUCAUGUCAAGUACUGCUCAACACUUGUCUCUGGGUAGCAUGGAAAAGAUGGAUAGGGGAGAGAUUCCUGAACCCCUCAUCAAACAGCUUAUGGCUCAAAGAAAUUUUGGUGAGAAUAUCUUGAGACAAGUUGAAGCGAUGGGGGAUUUAAGAGUCACUGAAAGCAAUUUCUCGCACGUUAUGAUCAGUUUGAUAUGCAAGGGCCUUUUGAUUCCAUAUACUAGAGCUACUUCGUUAUCGUCAUUAGUGGUUUUCUUCAAGCUAUUCUACUUUGAAUUAAUGUUUGGUCCAAACGAGGACUAUUUGAUAUUCAUGUUCUUCAUAUUUAUAUUACAGAGACCAUCUGCUUUCCUGAAAUGUAUGGAAGAUGUUGAUAUGGAUACAGAUGUUGUUCAAUUGGAUGAUAGAAAUAAGAUACACAAGAGUUUACUCGAUUGGUUAGUUAAAUUCAGUCCAGACGCAUGUUUGACAAUGUACAAAGCUUCUCUCUACUUUUCCUGCAAAGCUACGGAUGAACAAGGUAAAGUUAGGUUUAUGUUAGUUUACAGGCACUUGAUGCAACAUAAUUUGAAGGCGGCUUUCAAACUGUAUCCAUUUGUUUUGAACGAAUUAAGAAGAUUAUCGAAAUAUUCCAAUAAUAGCUCCACAGUGCUUUUAUCAUUUGAGAUCAUAAAGAUGGCAGUAAAAAGUAAAGAAUACCUAAAAUUGCCAAUGAUUGAGAAAGAAAUGUAUAAGAAACUUGAAGAAAGAGGCCUAACUGGAAUCAAAAGCAUUCCGUUUGAAAAUGAACUUGCGAAUGAUGUAUUGACUGGGGUUAGGGAAAACCCUAUUAUCACCUACGAGAGAAAGAAGUUGGCUGUCAUGUUACUUUCUAAAGUAAUAUCUUCUGCAUCAGAGCGAUAA